AUGAGCGAACCGGCCGUCCCGCCGCCGACGGCCGUAGGCGGUCUACGACCGUCAGCAACAAUGCCCGCGACAAUGUCGUCCUCAUCAUCAUCAACCUCCCACCCACCAUCGCAACAACAACAACACCAACAACCAUCAUCCUCCUUCCUCCAACCCCCAUCCUCACAACACCACCCCCAACCACCGCCACCACCAACCCAACGCCAGCCCUCCUUCUCCCAAGCCAUCGUCCCCGGCCCCGCAAUCCCCGUAACCCUCACCGAAGCCGCCCUUGACUCCCCCACCUUCCGCGCCACAGCCGUCCACUUCUCCGACCAGCUCGACGCCAUCGAGCGCUGGCUCGACAGCUACCAGCGCAGCACCACCAAACUCGUCCACGACAUGCUCGCGCUCGAAGACUCCGUCGGCGCCUACCUGUCCAAGAUCUCCCCGCCGGCUAUCGCCUCGCCCGCUGAUUCCCCCGUUCUCGAUGCGGACUACACGUUGCCUGCGCUGCGGCGGGCGGGGGAGGGAGCGCGGGAGUGGUGGGGGGGGAUUUUGGCGGUGGUGCGGAGGCUGGAACCGGUUAGUGUUGAGCCGGUGAGGGGGUUUGUGCAGAAUGAGCUGAGGGGGUUUCGGGAGACGAGAAGGGUGUUGGAUGCGGCGCAGAAGACGUUUGAUGGGACCUUGGCGCGGUAUGUGGGGCAGAGCAAGACCAAGGAGCCGAGCGCGUUGAGGGAGGACGCGUUUGCGGUGUUUGAGACGAGAAGGGCGUAUUUGAAGGCGAGUUUGGAUUAUUGCCAGAUGGCGCCGCAGGUAAGGGCGGGGCUGGAUAGGUUGUUGGUGAGGGUGUGUGCGGAUAUGGCGAGGGAGAUGAGAAGGACGGGUGAGUCGUCUCAGGGGUUAGGCUCGGGCUCAGGGACGGGGACGGGGACAAAGGAACUGGAGCGCAUCCGCGGGUGGGUGCGGGAGAUGGAGAUGACUGAGGGGGUGUUCAAGCGCGAGCUGCAGAUGGCGCGGCGUGGGAUUGGUGAGACCACACUGGCCAUGCACAAGCCGUCGCGGGAGCUAGAGGACUACAGCGUGUCGACGGUGCCGUUCCUGGGAUCGUCCAAGGGCCCGAUGAGCAUGCAGCGCGACGACCAGACGGCGGUGAUCUCGGAGAAGCAAGGGUGGUUGUUCUUGCGGGUGCUGACGGGUAAACCUGUGCGGACGACGUGGAUCCGGCGGUGGUAUUACUGCCGCGACGGUAUCUUUGGCUGGCUGGUGCAGAGCCCGCAGGGGGUGCUGCAGGGCGACGAGAUCGGCGUGUUGCUAUGCAGCGCGCGGCCCGCGGUGCAGGAAGAGCGCCGGUUCUGCUUCGAGAUCAAGACCAAGACGCAGACCAUCCUGUUACAGGCCGAGACGCAGGCGCAGUUGAUCGAGUGGCUCGAAGUCUUCGAGGUGGCCAAGAAGAAGGCGAUCGAGGCAAGCAUGGGCCGGGACCCGGGCUCCGCGCUGGGUAGUGCCGACCCGGCGUUUUCCAUCACGCCGCCGUCGAUUCCGGAGUUCUCGGCCAAGAUGAUGGACAGCGGUGCAGGUGGUGGCAGUGGUAUGGACGAAGGCAGCGGCAUGUCAUCGGCGGACAGGGGGUCGUCGUCGUCGGCCACGCUGCCUGUGCCUGGCCAGGACCCAGGCCUGACGCGGGCCAGCUUCGAUGCGCAUGCUCCCCCGCGGCGGGCGAUUACGACUCACCUGGCGCGGGAGGAGGGUGAGACCGGCCGGGAGCACGCGGCGCGUAUCAUGCAGAACCUGCACCGCAAGUCGGCGUUUGCCAGCUCGACUGAUGCGCCGUCUUCUAGUGUGGGUGCCGGGACGGCCACGGGCGCAUCGGCGACGUCUCCGCAUCUCGGAUACCCUUCGUCCAUGCGUCCGCCAGCCGAUCACAAAGCGGCGAAGAGCCUGGCCCCGAUUACGCUGGCGAAACCGCCGAUCGCAACCAACCUCAGCAAGACGGCGAUCCUGGCCAGUGCCAACGCGGCGGGUUCCUCGAGCAGCUUGCCCACAGCGGUGCUGGCCAACUACUGGGGCAGCAGUCCCUACACGUCGGUGUACUGCCCCAGCCCGUCGAUCCCAAACACCCCCAAGCCGGACAUGAGCGAUCCUUUUGUGGCCGCCGCUGCCAAGGCUGCUGCCGCUGCGGCCAACUCGAACGCAAACUCGAACGCGAGCUUGAACACCGGCGCGAACUCGCAUCGGAAGACGGUCAGUGUGGACGCGACGGUGACGGAUAUCAGGGCGAAUAAUAAAAGGGGCGAGGGCGCGGAAGAGAGCGCCACCAAAGGAACGGCCAGGUUCCCGGCGAACUACCCGCCUGAACUCCGGGCGCAGUAUGCGCAGUUCCGGCUGUUCUUCCCGACGGCGCCUGUCGAGGACAAGCCGGUGUUGGUGUUCAACGCCGCGUGGUCGAGUAGCGCAGCCGCAGCGACGGAAAGCACAGAGGGCAACAGCAGUGGAAGUGCUGGGAACAAGAGUAAAGAAGGCGGCAUGGCAGGCAACGGACGCAUCUUUGUCACGGCCGACCGCAUGUACUUCUACGGCGACCAGAUGGGCCUUGUGGUCGCGUAUGCGAUCAACCUGGACAGCAUCACGGAACUGACGGCUGCGCCCGGGCGCGACUGUGAUUUUAUAUUUUUGCAUCUGAAUCAGGGCAUGCCGGAUAUCAGCUACGCGCGUAUCACGGUCAAGGUGUUUCUCGAGGACUUUGCGCUGCUGCAGGCGCGGUUGAACUUGCUGGUGGAUGACUUGCAGGCGGCUGAGCCGAUGGAGCUGGAGGAGAUUAUUGGGGCGUUGUCGACGCUGAAGGAGGGGCGGGAAGGGAGAUAUGGUCGUGGGCACGGGCAUGGGGGUCAUCAUGGUAGACGCAGUCCGAGCGUGGAAAGCUGGGAGGAUGUGGCGUCUGAUAUGCCACUGGGUCGGCCCCUACUGAAGAGGAGUGGGAGAGAUUCUCACGGCCGCUUCGGACACAAGAAGUCGUCGGUGCACAAGGUCCAGCUACCGACUCACCCCGUCGUGUACGAGCCCCCCGACAUGGGCAAACCCGUGGCCGAGCGGCACUUUGAGAUCAGCGCCAAGUCGUGUUUUCACGUCCUGUUCGGCGACAAGAGCUUCCUAUUCCCGAAGCUGUACUUUGAGCGCGGCGCGCAGGAGAUCGCCCAGGGCGGCUGGGAACUGCAGGACCACGGCCGCAUGCGCCGGCAGUUCCGCUUCCGCGUCGAGUACGUCGACAUGCUUGGCCGCAAGAAGCCCGGCGAUGUCGCCGACACCCAAACCAUUGACAUAUUCCAGGAUCACAUCACCUACGUCGUCGCCCACACCAAGACCGCCUGGCACCUACCGCACUCCCACGCCUUUAAACUGAUUACCAAAGUCGUCGUCACCCACCUCGCCAAGUCCAAGUGCAAACUGGCCAUCUACACCCGCGCCGAGUGGGCCACCCCAGCGCCAACCCUAACCAUGUUCGUCAAAAACAUGGUCCAGCGCCAAGCCCUCGACGACGCCGCCAACGACGCCGAGGAACUAGCCGACCUAGCCACAGACCAAGUCCGCAAGCUCGGCCCGCACUCCCGCACCAAGCGCGCCAUCCAGGUAUACGGCAACAUCGGCCAGCAACAGCAAACCGUCGUCUUCUCCCCCGACGCCACGCCCGAAAGCUGGCAGCUCCUCCAGCAACAGCAACAACAGCAAGGCCCGGGGGGCAUGGGCGUCACGGCUGUCCGUCCCCGCACGCUGACUGACAUGAUGCUGGAGACGGGGCGGUCGUUCCUCGAGAGCGCUAUUACGAGUGUUAUGAUGUGGGCGUAUGCUGCGCUGCGGCGGCUGUUCCGCGUGGUGCGUGCUCAUCGCGUGAUACUGGUGUUGCUGGUGGCGAGUGUGGCGUAUAAUGUGGUGGUGGUGUCGCAGGCGGGGGCCGCGUGGUGGGUUGAACGGAGAUCGGCGAGGUAUAUGAGUCGAUUAGGGGUGGGCCCGAAUGGGAUGAUGGGACGGGCGGUGUAUCUGGCGGAUUUGGAGGGGGCUGUGAGGGUCGAUGGGAAGGCGCCUGGUGGAGGGGAUGGGGGGGAGAGUCAGUGCUACCAAACCUUCCAAUCCCUCCUCAACAGCACCACCACCUCCCUCGACGCCCCCUCCGGCCCAUCUCCCGCCUGGCCCUUUCCCUCCUCCUCCUCAUCAUCCUUCUGGACUUCAUCCUCGAUAAGCACAACAACAACGACAACAUCCUCAACAACCCUCGCCGCCGCCCGCCGACUCCGACGCGUCCGCCAGCGCAUGGGCGCCUACCGUCACGAUUUACUUGUCGCUCUGCGCGUGGUCAACAGAGUCGAGCAGGAGAUGGUGCAGAGCGAGUGGGAGACUUGGUUGGCCGGGGAGACGAGACGGUGUGAGAUGGUUGGGGGGGUUUUGUUGCGGCAGCAGGAGGAAGAAGAAGGGAAGGGAACGGAGGGGUUGAGGGCGUGGUUUGGGGAGUACUGUGCUAGUUGUGCUGUGGAGGAACGGAGGGUUGGGGAGAGGGGGUUGUUCUGA